AUGGCUUCCUCCUUAUGGGGUUCCAAGAAGGAUAGCGAACAUCUUUCAGCUUCUGGAAGUGUGCAUUCUCGUCCUCAUUCUCAAAAUGGAGAUUCAAAUGAACCUGUAGCUUCUCACCAAGUACAUCCUCAACCUCAUUAUUCUCAUGAAGCUGACGAGCGUACUCGUCUACUUCCACCAAGCCGUGAUGGUUACUUGAGUCCCGAUGAUCCAGCUGUAUCUCCAUAUAAUCUAUGGAGCGUACGAUUUUUGCGAUACUUCACAGUUUUGUUCGCCAUCAUCACAUUUCUGUGGUGGGUGUUGCUGCUGGUAUCAAUCUUCGUUUCUCCUCCAGGCAUGCACUCGAGAGGCUCUGGUUUCUUCGACUUCUCAUAUACUACUUUGACCCUCGGUCUGCUACUCAUUGUGCUUCUCUUCUUUUCGACGCCUUCCAAAGCGGCACAAGUAACAUGUCUUGUCAUCGCCGUGAUUCUAUUGGUCGACAUGAUAAUGAUUGUCGCUGUCCCACGUCUUCGUGUAGAGGAGGGAUGGGUUGGAAUUGCUAGUGUUGUCUGGGCCCUGCUCAUAGCUAUAUGGACGAUUGUUACAGAUCGAGUCGUAGCGGCUGGCAAAAUAGAAGAGGAGGAGCGCUUAACUGGCCGAGCAGAGACUCGCCGAACACUCAGAGAAUGGUGUUCCGUCUUGAUAUCUACAAUCAUUCUUGUAGUUUUGGCAAUUGUCACCAUUCUCUUGUCGGCUACACUUAUCUUGAGAUCUCGCGAUGCCUCCCUUGCGCCACCAGGAGAGCGAUAUUACGUCGAUGGUGACAAAUACCAAAUACAUGUCUAUUGCGAAGGUAAUCUUACGGAUUCAAAGGGCAAGAAGAACCCAACAGUUUUAUUUGAAGCUGGCGAAGGACCGUUCGAGCAUGGCAUGCUUCAGAUUGCAACGAAUGCUUUUGUCAAUGGAAGCAUCAGCCGAUAUUGUUAUUCUGAUAGACCUGGAAUCGCAUGGUCUGACAAUGCGCCAUCUCCGUUCUCAGCAGGCAUGGCAGCGGACGCACUUUCAGAAGCUCUAGCUCGCGCAGGCGAAGAAGGCCCCUGGAUUCUUGCUAGUGCAGGAGUAGGCAGCAUCUAUAGUCGUAUAUUCUCCUCCCGACACGCUCGUGAAAUUGCAGGUCUUCUUCUCAUCGACCCUCUCCACGAAGAUCUUCUCUACCGUCUCGGCACACCACAGAGAGGCUUUGUUCUCUGGGGUCGUGGCAUUCUCUCACCUCUCGGUCUGGAUCGUACACUUGGCGCCAUUUUCAAUGGCCGCACCCGUGAAGAUCGAGUAUUCGGACGUUCAGCUUAUCAAGGUGGAAAGUUUCUCAAGGCUAAACUUCAAGAAUCUCUGGUCGCAAAUUCAUUGACGAAGAAUGAGGUUAGUAGUGCAAGGAAUAUACAGUAUCCAAGUACACCACUUGUACUGAUUAGUUCCGGCAUUGAGGUCAGGAGAAGUAAUGAGUGGGAGAGGAAGCAAGAAGAUCUUAGUCACUUGACGGACAACCUGAAAAGCUGGGAUGUGGUCAAAGGAGCUCCUUCGGAGGUAUGGAAGACGCUCGAUGGAAGGGAGAUCAUCGAGAAGAGGUUGAAGAAGUUGGUCAAAGGAGCUGCGGACUUUGAAUUGAUGGAGUAG